UGGGAGGAGAUGAUUGGAAUAAUUUGCUUCACAGGAAUGGAGGUUCAUGGGUGAAUGGAAAGAUCCAAGGAAAGGGAAGUUUUUCAGAUUUGGUUGAUGUUCUACUUUGCAUAACUUAGCUUUCAUUAUUGAGGUUCCUCAGUGCUGAACUAACAAGAGGGUACUUCCUUGAACAUAAUGAGGCCAAGUAUACAGAAAGAAGAGAAAGAGUAUACACUUGUAUGCGAAUACCAAGAGAAUUGGAAAAGCUGAUGGUUUUUGGAAUCUUUCUGUGCCUAGAUGCAUUUUUGUAUGUGUUCACCCUGCUUCCUUUACGAGUUUUCCUGGCACUGUUCAGGCUCCUCACUUUGCCUUGCUAUGGUUUAAGGGACAGACGUUUGCUUCAGCCUGCCCAAGUGUGUGACAUUUUGAAGGGCGUCAUUUUGGUCAUCUGCUAUUUCAUGAUGCACUAUGUUGACUACUCCAUGAUGUACCACCUGAUAAGGGGGCAGUCUGUCAUCAAGCUCUACAUCAUCUACAACAUGCUAGAGGUAGCUGAUCGUCUGUUUUCAUCAUUUGGACAAGAUAUAUUAGAUGCUCUCUAUUGGACAGCAACAGAGCCUAAAGAAAGAAAGAGAGCCCAUAUUGGAGUGAUUCCUCACUUUUUCAUGGCCGUUCUCUAUGUCUUUUUACAUGCAAUUCUUAUAAUGGUUCAAGCAACAACUCUCAAUGUAGCUUUUAACUCACACAAUAAAUCACUCCUUACUAUCAUGAUGUCUAAUAAUUUUGUUGAAAUUAAAGGAAGUGUUUUCAAGAAGUUUGAAAAGAAUAAUCUCUUUCAAAUGUCAAAUAGCGAUAUUAAGGAACGAUUCACAAAUUAUGUGCUUUUGCUGAUAGUGUGCCUAAGAAACAUGGAGCAGUUUUCUUGGAAUCCAGAUCAUCUGUGGGUGUUGUUUCCAGAUGUCUGUAUGGUAAUUGCAUCAGAAGUUGCUGUGGAUAUUGUAAAACAUGCCUUUAUCACAAAGUUCAAUGACAUUACUGCAGAUGUCUACAGUGAAUAUAGAGCCAGUCUUGCUUUUGACCUCGUUAGCAGCCGACAGAAAAAUGCAUACACUGAUUACAGUGACUCUGUAGCACGGAGGAUGGGGUUUAUUCCUCUCCCAUUAGCUGUUUUACUCAUCAGAGUUGUAACAAGCUCAAUUAAAGUGCAAGGAAUCCUGUCUUAUGCCUGUGUCAUACUCUUCUAUUUUGGGUUGAUAUCCCUGAAAGUACUGAAUAGCAUCGUGCUACUGGGGAAAUCAUGUCAGUACGUGAAGGAGGCCAAGAUGGAAGAGAAGCUGUCGAAUCCGCCCCCAACCGGCACUCCAAACAAGCCGUCCAGUAAAUCACAGAACAAAUGCAAACCCUCCCAAGGCCUUUCCAUGGAAGAAAACCUGUCUGCUUCAGUCACCAGCCAGCCUGUUCAUCAAAAAGAAAAUGUCAUACCAUUACUUGUGACAAGCAAUUCUGAUCAGUUUCUGACAACUCCAGAUGGGGAUGAGAAGGACAUAACGCAGGACAGUUCUGAAUUAAAACACAGAUCUGCAAAGAAAGAUUUGUUAGAGAUAGACAGGUUCACAAUUUGUGGAAACCGAAUUGACUGAAUCUGCGGCUCUGUGUGCUGAAGAAGCUGGUCCUGGGUUGCCAGGACGGACAAACGCUGCCCAUGGCACUUAAAUAUUUAUUUAAAACGAUAAAUUAUUAUUGGCAAGCAAAUCUUAGUAUCUUCCAGUAAUAUGGUCUGGCCGAAAGUCAGAUCAUGGAACAGCAGCAACCUCCGGCCUUGACUCUCUGGGAAAUUUGAUGAAUUGUAAAAACUUCCUCCUGCUUGGCCAAACAGUGGCAUCACUUCGUGGAACUGACCAGAGCAACAUCAGGAUCUGUUUGGUUUGUCAAUCUGGGCUUCCAGAAUGUUGAGUUUUGCCUCAAGGCCUCUUCAGUAUAAAGAUAUACCUGGGAAACUGUGAAACUAUUACCUUUCCAGUCUCAUACUAUUUUCACAAACAGUUUUCAAACUUUACUUCAUCUGCCAAAGCAUUAAAGAAAAUUAGUAAACGUAAGUCAAGGUAAAUGUUCUUACCACCAGAAUCAUCUUUGAAGAUUUAUCUGAAUUAAUCAGAAUAAAAGCCUACCUUAAAUAAGACACAAUGAACAGUAGCAUUGUAUAGGAAAAACAAAUGCUAAACCGGUUCAUUUAUUUUUUUUUUUAAUUAAGGUUAUGCAUUACUGGAAAAAUGUUUCAUAAUUUGUAAGUUUACUCUUUAAAAUGUGAGCUAUGUGUCAUUUAAUGGCAGUGGAUAAAAUAGAAAUUUCCUUAUAAAAAGACACUUUUUAUACCAAAAAGCAGAGCAGUGUUAACUUUAAGGUAUACUUAACUGAUUUUGCUUUAAAACUAAUUGCUUCAUAAAUUAUUACAGCUCAAAGGAUUUGGUGUUGAAUAGGCUGGAAAUUUGUCAGUGCACAAAAUUUAAAAUUGUUGAUUUUCCCUGGAUUUUUGAAAGUAAAUACUCCAAGUAGAUUGGGCAACAUCAUCUUGCUUGGGCUUAUAAGAUGCGUUGGUCCUCCCAUGUGGGUCAUCGGCAUGUGCUCCUGUACUGGGGUGGGGUGUGCAUUCUGUGGGGGAGUGACUGUCAGAGCAAGCCUGUGCCUGGGAUCGUGUAGACCUGGGUCAGGAGAGGACUUUGUGCAAAAGCAAGUGGGUGCUGGAGGCGUGUGGGUGCUGGUUGUGGGGAGGCAUCUGUGUUUGGCUCUUGGGAACAGCAGCCAAAAGGUGCUUUUCGGUUUUGUUGGAGAGCAGGAUUCCAAUUCUGCUUAAUUACUAGUUGGUGGCCUGCGCCAUAGGACAAGUUAUUUUCCACCCAUUUUGUCUUGAGAAUCCUGUCUGUGUUUCUAUAGAAACUUUACGACUUCUGAUUACAGAACUGUCCAGAAGAUGGUACUGUUAACUCUUAUUUCCUUUGAUGUUUUGAUUUUAAAGUUCAGCUCUUGUGCUGAUGUUUCAGGCAUAUAUGCACAGAAGGCAAAUUUUAGGUGAUUUUUCUAUUUUCUGGAUGAAAUAAAAAGCAAGCCUUAAUGCUUUGACUUGUUCAUUUGAAAUGUAAAAGUGAAUUUUAAUGUUUUUAUAUUCACUAAAGAAAGAAAUCUGAAGAUUGAUGUUGAGGAAACUGUACAGACAUGCCCCCGUGAAAACAGGAAGUAUUUUAAGUUAAAAAUGAGAAGACUUUUAAUAUGCUCGGUGUGUGUUUCAAUGGAGCCACAUUUUAGAAUUAUUAUUUUUUCCAUCCCCGUUUCACCAAAAAAAGGAUCAAAGCCCACGGUGAAUGGGAAUAGUUUGGAGAAAGCUUUGCCAACACAGCCCUGGUCACAACAAGAACAUGGCUUGGCUAUAUUUUUCAAUUCCGCUUGAAUUACUCUGUUAUCGUGCUGUCAUUUUCAGAAGAUUUUCAUUUCCUUUGCAGAUGCUGUUGGGAGUUUAGGAUGAUGUCCAUUUCUUCUGUUAUAAUGGCAUUCAGUACUAAUUUUAUAAGUGCAUCUUGUGUGAAACUCAAUAAAUUCAAUUUUGUAAUCUUUUUUUAAAA